CUGUGAUAGGACAAGAAGACAGCUGUAAGCUGCAGCUGGGGAGGUUUAGGUUGGGCAUCGGGAAGAAUUUCUUCACAGAAAGGGUGAUCAGAUACUGGAAAGGGCUGCCCAGGGAGGUGGUGGAGUCACCGUCCCUGCAGGCGUUUCAGGAAGGACUGGGCGUGGCACUUAGUGCGGUGUUCGGCCAUAGGUUGGACUCGAUCGGAGACAUCUUUUCCAACCUAACUGACUCCGUGAGACCACCCGAACAAACAGAACAAAAAGGAACAAAACAAACACAAGCCCAACCAGCCGAAGGCGCAGAGCCACACCGCAGUACGGCCCGUGAGGCGGCGCUCCCGCCCCUGCCCCGCGCCCUCCGGCCGCCAGGGGGCGCGCGCGGGCCGCUCCCGCCGGACGCCGCGCGGCCGCUUCCUGCCCCGCGCGCGGCACCGCCCGCUCCGCCGGCCGCAGGUUUUGCCCGAAUUUUUGUUGUCCGUGUGGUAAACGCCUGCCUUGUGCCAGGAUCAGGGACACGGGCUCAGUGUAAAUCCACCCGAAGGCAGCUAAAAAUCAGCCGUGAUAAAGAGCCUCAGGGAGACCGCGAUUUGGCCUGAAGGGCUCGGCUGUGCCCUGGGGUUUCGUUUUGCUGAGCCCCACACGAGUAAUGGCCACCUACACUUGCAUCACUUGCCGUGUGGCUUUCAAGGAUGGUGACAUUCAGCGUGCCCAUUACAAAAGUGACUGGCACAGGUACAACCUGAAGCGUAAAGUUGCUGACAUGCCUCCUGUUACUGCUGAGAAUUUUCAAGAGAGAGUCCUGGCACAGAGAGCAGUAGCUGAGGAGCAGAACAAAAUCACUGCCACUUACUGCACAGUGUGCAGCAAGAGGUUCUCCACCUUCAAUGCCUAUGAGAAUCACCUGAAGUCCAAGAAGCACCUGGAGCUGGAGAAGAAAACUGUCCAAGCUGUCAGCAAGAAGGUGAAAAUAUUAAAUGAGAAGAAUCUGGAAAAGGGGCUGGCCCCAGAGAGUGUAAAUAAAGAUGAAAUGAACACAGCUAUUCAGCAAGCCAUCAGAGCCCAGCCAUCUUCGUCUCCAAAGAAGACACCUCAACCUCCUAGUCAUGCGAGUAGCUCUCCAGUUUCCAGGGAAAGCACCAGCUUGUCCCAGAGCAGAGAACGACCAGAAAUACCUCCACGGCUGCAGUGGUUUGAACAGCAAGCAAGGAAGCUGGCCAAGCAACAGGCAGAGGAAGAAGAGGAUAAUGAGGAAGACUGGGAAGAUAUGGAUUCUGAUGAAGACAUUGGCUCUGAUGAAGAGAUGGAAAGUGUGGAAGAAGAAGGGGAACAGCAGGUAGAGGCUGAAAGCAUUCCUGCUGUUGGGGCCAUACCAGUCACAGACUGCUUGUUCUGUUCCCAUCACUCAAGAUCUCUCACAAAAAAUGUGGCGCAUAUGACAAAAAUCCACAGCUUCUUCAUUCCAGACAUAGAGUACCUUGUGGAUCUCAGAGGACUAAUCAAGUAUCUUGGAGAGAAAGUUGGUGUUGGGAAAAUCUGCAUCUGGUGCAAUGAAAAGGGGAAAUCCUUCUACUCUACGGAAGCGGUCCAGGCUCAUAUGAAUGAUAAAAGCCAUUGCAAACUCUUCACAGAUGGAGAUGCUGCCCUGGAAUUUGCAGAUUUCUAUGAUUUUAGGAGCAGUUAUCCCGAUCACGAGGAUGGGAAAGAUGUGGAGGGUCUUGGAAAGCACUCGGCAGAGCAAGAGUUGGAUUAUGAUGAUGACACCAUGGAGCUGAUCCUUCCAUCAGGUGCCAGAGUGGGUCACCGUUCCUUGAUGAGGUACUACAAGCAGCGUUUUGGUGUGACAAGAGACGUGGCUGUUGCGAAGAACAAGAAAGCCGUGGGUCGGGUGCUGCAGCAGUACCGAGCCUUGGGCUGGACAGGGCAGGCAGGGGCCGUCUCUGCUCAGCAGCGUGACAUGCAGUACCUGCAGAGGAUGAAGUCAAAAUGGAUGCUCAAGACAGGAAUGAGUAACAACGCUACAAAGCAGAUGCAUUUCCGGAUGCAAGUUAGAUUCUGAGCUCCAAAGAGAGUGGCUUACAACUGGUUAUGGGAAGGGGGAUUUAAUGGUUUCUGGGUUGCGGAUUCUCCUAUUAAAAUGGACUCGGUACCUAUCAAAUGCUGAUAUGUUUGCAGGUGUGUCUGUAAAAAGAAGAACAGCAGGGAACUUGUUUUUUCUGAAAUAAUGGUGGGCCUAACUUAAAAAUAAAAUAUCUUCAGUGGA